AUGUCUGUUCAACCUGAUUCCAAAAUCAGUAACUUCACCUUUCUCCUUAUGGGAUUCCCUGGCCUGGAAGGGAAAUAUCCAUGGCUCUCCAUCCCUUUCUCGUGUAUCUAUGCCAUGGUACUCUCAGGAAACUGCCUGGUGCUGCAUGUGAUCUGGACUGAGCUGAGCCUGCACCAGUCCAUGUUCUACCUCUUGGCCAUGCUGGACCUCACUGACCUGUGCCUGGGGCUGUCCACACUACACACCGUGCUGGGCAUCCUGUGGGGGCUUGUCCAGGAGAUUGGUCUGGAUGCCUGCAUUGCCCAAACCUACUUCAUCCAUGGUCUAUCCCUCACAGAGUCUGGAAUCCUUCUUGCCAUGGCCUUUGAUCGCUUCACGGCAAUCUGCAAUCCUCUGAGAUAUGCAUCCAUCCUGACAUAUACCAGAAUCAUCAAUAUUGGAGUGGCCAUUUUAGGGAGGAGUUUCCUCUUCAUUGUUGCUCCCAUAAUUCGCCUCAAGUUCUUCCAUUACUGCCGUCGCCGGAUCCUCUCCCACUCUUUCUGCCUGCACCAGGACCUGCUCCGGCUGGCCUGCUCCGACAUCCGCUUCAACAGCUUUUACGCCUUAGCUCUGGUUAUCUGCACACUGUUCUUGGAUUCAGUGCUCAUUCUCAUCUCCUAUAUUCUGAUCCUGCACUCAGUCUUGUCUAUUGCCUCCCACAUGGAGCGACUCAAGUCCUUGCAGACCUGUGUCUCCCACGUCGGUGCAGUUCUGGUUUCAUAUAUCCCAAUCAUUGGUCUGACCAUGGUGCACCGCUUUGGGAAGCACCUCUCUCCUGUGGUCCAUGUUCUCAUGGGCAACAUCUACAUCAUCUUCCCACCCCUGAAGAACCCCAUCAUCUACGGUGUCAAGACCCAGCAGAUCCGUGGCAGGAUCCAGAGAUGGUUCACUAAACAAAACUGA